AUGGCGACGUUAAUCAGAGGCAAGCUUUCUAAUAAACUGUCAAAUGCAGCCACCGCUGUAUCCAACAAAUCCCAGGCGAAGGUGAGCGGGAUGUUCGCCAGGAUGGGGUUCCAGGCCGCCACCGACGAGGAGGGUCUGGGCUUCGCAGCCUGCGAUGACCUGGACUACGACCACCGACAAGGCAUGCAGAUGGACAUUUUGACAACGGAUGAAAUGGGAGGAGAGGCGAGCGGAGACGGAGGGACGCUGGACGGGGACAGCCACUACCAGAGAGACGGCACCGGUCCAUCACCCUCAGCCUCAAAGGACGGAGGGUCGACGAACGAGUUGAGUGAAGUCAGACCAAAAAUCACCGCUUGGGAGGCGGGCUGGAACGUCACGAACGCAAUCCAGGGGAUGUUCGUUCUUGGGUUGCCCUAUGCCAUUCUGCAUGGAGGAUACCUCGGACUCUUUCUCAUUAUUUUCGCUGCCGUGGUGUGCUGUUACACGGGGAAAAUCCUCAUUUCCUGCCUGUACGAGGAGGACGAAGACGGGCAGCUGGUCCGUGUGAGGGACUCCUAUGUGGACAUUGCCAACGCCUGCUGCGCGCCCAGGUUCCCGUCUUUAGGUGGCCACAUCGUGAAUGUAGCCCAAAUCAUAGAGCUUGUGAUGACUUGCAUCCUGUAUGUGGUGGUCAGUGGUAAUCUAAUGUACAACAGCUUCCCCAACAUGCCAAUUUCCCAGAAGUCGUGGGCCAUCAUCGCCACCGUCGCUCUCCUCCCCUGCGCCUUCCUCAAGAACCUGAAAGCCGUCUCCAAGUUCAGCUUGCUGUGCACGAUGGCCCACUUUGUCAUCAACGUCCUAGUGAUAGCGUACUGCCUCUCCAGAGCGAGGGACUGGGCCUGGGACAAGGUCAAGUUUUACAUCGAUGUCAAGAAAUUCCCCAUCUCCAUUGGGAUUAUCGUGUUCAGCUACACCUCGCAGAUCUUCCUGCCGUCUCUAGAGGGGAACAUGCAGAAACCCAGCGAGUUCCACUGCAUGAUGAACUGGACUCACAUUGCUGCCUGCAUCCUCAAAGGCCUGUUCGCCCUGGUGGCCUACUUGACCUGGGCUGACGCAACCAAGGAGGUCAUCACAGACAACCUGCCCCCCGGCAUCCGAGCCGUCGUCAACCUCUUCUUAGUGGCCAAAGCUUUGUUGUCGUAUCCGCUGCCGUUUUUCGCCGCCGUUGAGGUAUUGGAGAAAAGCUUUUUCCAGGACGGGGGACGUGCAGUCUUUCCAGACUGCUACGGUGGCGAUGGACGCCUGAAAUCCUGGGGACUGACUCUCCGAUGUAUCCUUGUUGUGUUCACCUUGCUCAUGGCGAUUUAUGUGCCACAUUUCGCCCUCCUCAUGGGCCUCACUGGCAGCCUGACGGGCGCAGGCCUAUGCUUUCUGCUUCCUAGUCUCUUCCACCUCAAGCUUUUAUGGAGAAAGCUGCUAUGGCACCAAGUUUUCUUUGAUGUCGCCAUCUUUGUAAUAGGAGGUAUAUGCAGCGUAUCUGGUUUCAUCCAUUCAAUGGAGGGGCUCAUAGAGGCUUUCAAAUAUAACAUAGAAGAGUAG